AAUUCCAAGUAUAAAGUCUCAAAUUUUCAACACAGAGACCAAAUUUAGGGCUUAGGGGGUCGUCUUUGUUUCUAUGAAUGGAUCUUCUCCGAGCAUACUCUGAUCAAAACGACGACGAAUUGAACGAGCCCGAGGAGCAGAACCAAAACCCUAAAUCCGCACCGUCGUCCCCAGACUCGUCGCCGCCUCGCCUCCUCCCCGCCAAGUCCGCCGCGCCCAAUGUCGACGACACUAUGCUGGCCCUGACGGUAGCCGGGGCCAACCGGUCUUCCACCCGCCCCAUUGACCCGACCCAACACAUCGUCGGCUUCAACCCCACCUACGAGCAGCUAUGGGCACCAAUCUACGGCCCGUCUCAUCCUUACGCCAAGGAUGGCAUAGCCCAGGGGAUGCGCAACCACAAACUCGGCUUCGUCGAGGACGCCUCCAUUGAGCCCUUCGUGUUCGACGAGCAGUACAACACGUUUCACAAGUAUGGGUAUGCUGCUGACCCUUCGGCAUCUGCUGGGUACAAUUAUGUAGGUGAUUUCGAGGCCUUGCAGAAGAAUGACGCCGUUUCUGUGUAUAACAUUCCCCAGCACGAGCAGAAGAAGCGGAAAAUUGAAAAGAGAAAGGAAUUGGAGGAGAAUGAGGGUGGGGAUGAGGAUAUGGACCCGGAGGAGGUCCAGAACCCGGCUAGUGACGUGUGGUUGAUGAAGAAUAAGAAGAGUCCGUGGGCGGGAAAGAAGGAGGGUCUGCCGACGGAGCUGACUGAGGAGCAGAAGAAGUACGCCGAGGAGUAUGCGAAGAAGAAAGGUGAGGAGAAAGGCGCUGGCGAUAAGGGCGAGGCUGUGGCUGAGAAGACUACGUUUCAUGGAAAAGAAGAGAGGGAUUAUCAGGGUAGGUCAUGGAUUGCGCCGCCGAGAGAUGCUAAGGCAUCUAAUGAUCACUGUUAUAUUCCAAAGAGGUUGGUGCACACUUGGAGCGGGCACACGAAGGGUGUGUCUGCUAUUAGGUUCUUCCCUAACUACGGGCAUUUGAUUCUGUCUGCCGGGAUGGAUACCAAGGUGAAGAUUUGGGAUGUUUUCAAUACCGGUAAGUGUAUGAGAACUUACAUGGGUCACUCGAAGGCAGUUCGGGAUAUUUGUUUUUCUAAUGAUGGGAGUAGGUUCUUAACUGCUAGUUAUGAUAAGAAUAUCAAGUACUGGGAUACAGAAACCGGGCAGGUGAUAUCUACAUUCUCGACUGGGAAGGUUCCUUAUGUGGUUAAGUUGAACCCGGAUGAGGAUAAGCAAAAUGUGUUGUUGGCUGGUAUGAGUGAUAAGAAGAUUGUUCAGUGGGAUAUGAAUGAGGGAAAGAUCAAUCAAGAGUAUGAUCAGCAUUUGGGUGCUGUGAAUACGAUUACAUUUGUGGAUAAUAACCGUAGGUUUGUUACUUCCAGCGAUGACAAGUCGCUUCGCGUAUGGGAGUUUGGGAUCCCUGUGGUUAUUAAGUAUAUUAGUGAGCCUCACAUGCAUUCCAUGCCAUCAAUUUCGCUGCACCCCAAUUCCAAUUGGCUUGCGGCACAGAGUAUGGACAAUCAGAUUCUGAUUUAUAGCACUAGGGAGAAGUUUCAGCUCAAUAAGAAGAAGAGGUUUGCCGGGCAUGUCGUUGCCGGGUAUGCUUGCCAAGUCAAUUUCUCGCCAGAUGGACGGUUUGUCAUGUCAGGUGAUGGUGAAGGUCGAUGCUGGUUUUGGGAUUGGAAGACAUGCAAAGUCUUCAGAACUCUCAAAUGUCAUGAAGGGGUAUGCAUUGGGGCAGCAUGGCAUCCCUUGGAGCAAAGUAAAGUUGCAACAUGUGGCUGGGAUGGCUUAAUCAAGUAUUGGGACUAGCCGCAUUUCAGUUCAGUUUGGAUAAGCGGGGCUAUAACUUUGAUUUACCCAUUUCUGUUCCACACGGGUGUAGCGCCAUCAUCAUUGGAUGUACCCAUCUUGGUGAUUGCCGGGCAUAAGGAUACUUAUAAGAUUGCAGGACGAACUCUCCUUCUUUGUCUUGCUACAAUCAACUGCAAUCACCGAUAUCAUCUGGUUACGCUGGAUAUGUACUUGUAAUACAAUGUUUUCGUUUUGAUGUUCUGUUCUUGUAGUUUUGAAGAUUCUGAGAAGUUUUACAGGAGUAUUGUUUUUUGCAAAUGUCUCA